GCCGCCCGCUCUGCCGAGCGGGGGAGGGGAGGGGAGCGGCGGCAGCGCGGUGCCUGGGCCCCCGCUCCCCGAGCCUGCCCGGAGGCACAGCGGCCCUCGGAGCCCCGCGGGAGCGCGGCCGCCAUGAGCCAGGUGCCGAGGAAGCUGCAGGAGGAGGAAGAGGGGGACGAGGAGGAGGAAGAGGAGGAGGAGAUCGUGGGCUUGGCGGGCUACGCCGAUGGGGCCGAGUCUUUCUCGGACGGCGACGCGGAGAGCGGUGGUGAUGAGGCGUUUUUGGAUUUCAAUGAUCCCUUCAGUACUGAAGUUAAGCCAAGAAUCCUCCUCAUGGGAUUGAGAAGAAGUGGGAAGUCUUCCAUUCAGAAAGUUGUCUUUCACAAAAUGUCGCCGAAUGAGACUCUCUUCUUGGAGAGCACAAACAAGAUCUGCAGAGAGGAUGUUUCCAACAGCUCCUUUGUCAACUUCCAGAUAUGGGAUUUUCCUGGGCAAAUUGACUUCUUUGACCCUACAUUUGACUAUGAGAUGAUUUUCAGAGGAACUGGAGCACUGAUAUUUGUUAUUGAUUCUCAGGAUGAUUAUAUGGAAGCAUUAGCUCGGCUGCAUCUUACUGUUACCAGAGCCUAUAAAGUGAAUCCAGAUAUCAAUUUUGAAAUCUUUAUCCAUAAAGUGGAUGGUUUAUCUGAUGAUCACAAGAUUGAAACACAAAGAGAUAUUCACCAAAGGGCAAAUGAUGACCUUGCAGAUGCUGGAUUGGAAAAGAUUCACCUCAGCUUUUAUCUGACAAGCAUAUAUGAUCAUUCUAUAUUUGAAGCAUUUAGCAAAGUGGUACAGAAACUGAUUCCACAGCUCCCAACACUGGAAAACCUGCUUAACAUCUUUAUUUCAAAUUCUGGGAUUGAAAAAGCAUUUUUAUUUGAUGUAGUCAGUAAGAUCUAUAUUGCAACGGACAGUACUCCAGUGGAUAUGCAAACUUACGAGCUCUGCUGUGAUAUGAUAGAUGUUGUGAUUGACAUUUCUUGUAUAUAUGGGCUUAAAGAUGAUGGCACUGGAACUCCUUAUGACAAGGAAUCAAUGGCAAUCAUAAAACUGAACAAUACAACUGUUCUUUAUUUAAAAGAGGUGACAAAAUUCCUUGCUCUUGUUUGUUUUGUCAGAGAAGAAAGCUUUGAGAGAAAAGGAUUAAUAGACUACAAUUUCCAUUGUUUUCGAAAAGCCAUACAAGAAGUAUUUGAAGUAAGAAUGAAAGUAGUAAGAUCUCGAAAACAUCAAAGCCACAUGCAAAAAAACAAAAGACCCACUCCCAAUGGGACGCCAAGAAUGCCACUAUAACUGAGGUUUUCUGGCAAUGUGGCAAGCAAAGUUUUCAUUAAGUUGAUGCGACUUCUGCAUCUCAUUGCACUGAGUGAAGAGGAAAACAAACGGGACUGAUGCAUUCAUGAAUUUUCCCUGAACGUUCAGAAAGCACUGUUUAAUAUUUUUAUCCAGUUUUUUCAUAUAGUGAGCACUUUGAGCAAAAUGUUGUAUAUAUAUAAGCAUUGAGGUGAACACUUGUAAGAAUUUUCUUAAUAUAUGCUGUAAACCUUUUUCAUGCCAUAUUAAGAAAAACAGCUGUGACAGAAAUACUGGGUACAUAAUUUGCACUUUUUCAUGUUUUUCUUGUGGAGUUGGACUUUGAUAAACUUAGUUUUUAUGGUGAUUUUGAUGCAUGGUGUCAGGUAAAAUGUAUGCUGUAGUUUAUUUACCUGCUACAAUCAAAUUGGUUAGUAAACAGUUAAGAAAACUUGG